AUGGCUUCCUCACUCGACAACCACAUGGAUCAAGAUGGAAUGUGCUCGGUGUACUCGGCUCAGCCAUCGGAGACUAAUUGCUCAAUUAACGAAGUAUUGGCGAGAGAAAUGAUUGCGGUCAAUGAGGUUACAGAUGAUCAUGCCGAAGUAUCGAUCUAUUCUGUUCCGAAAUCGGAGACAAAUGUGACAAUCAGCGAUCCGUUUCAGCCAUGUGAGGCGGUGAACCAUUUCAAUGUAUCGGUGUAUUCGCAACCGAAAUCUGAGACCAAUGUGACAAUGAAUAAGAAGUUCAAGAGAUGCCAAGAUUUGGACAAAGUGCUCGACUGUUCUGUCUAUUCCGUCCCUCCAUCCCAAACCAAUGUUACCAUGAAUGCUCCAACUCUCUCCGAAUAUACUGCUCUCAUGUCUGAAACUGAUGUCACUAUGGCUGAUGGAUUCCAGCCUUGCGAUGUGCUCAACGGACUCCAACAACUCGACCAAGCACCUGGAUCCGAGCUCACUGCAAAAACUAUCGGUAGCAGUUUCGAUCAUGUUGCUUACGUGGAGCAUCUUCAGGAUGAGCUCGGGAUUCCAGAUGACAAAGUGAUUGGGUUGGAAUGCAGCAAUUCGAAUAUUGUGAAGAUAAUUGAUUCAAAUGAGUGCCUGAUGCAUCUCGCAGAAUUCCACCCGAUUGCUGUCGAUUUCAGUGAGAUGCCUGCACCGGCUGCAUUCAAUAUGGCAAUGCAUUCAACUGACAAAUCAACUGAGAACUAUCAUCUCCGCUCCUGCAACUCCAUUCAUCACAAGCAUUGA